AUGCAGAGCAUCCUAACCCGCUGCAUCACAGUCUGGUAUGGAAACUGCCACGCAUCCAACCGCAGAGCCCUCCAGAGGAUAGUGUGGACCGCUGAGCGUGUUAUUGGCAGCUCUCUACCCACUCUACAGGUUAUUUACACCUCACUGGGAAAGCCACUAACAUCAUGGCUGACCCGCAUCACCCUUCCCACCAACUGUUUACCACCGUUCCAUCCAGAAGACGACUCUGCGUCAUCAGGAACAGGUCGCUUGCAGGAGGACGAGCCCCAACAAGGGAGACUGCAGGAGGUGGCAGCCAGAAUAAUUCAGAAGACUUGGAGAGGAUAUAUGGCCAGUGAAGUCUUCAGGUAUUUCAAAGAGCUGAUUUUCUACUGCAAACAGCAGGAUCCAAAGACCAUCCUCAAAACUGUCAAUCCUCGAGAGGCCGAACUGCUGGAUGCUGCAGCUGGAGUGUUUAUCAGAUUUCGACUUGGAGGGGCAGCCCAAAAGACUACACCAAGCAAAGUCGUAGGAAGCUUGUGGCCCAGAAGACCAACAAAGGCCCAGCUGUCGCAAAGGAUGACCAAUCAGGUUGGUACAAGCGCAUGGAGAACAAUAGUUGGAGGCUGUUCUGUAACAAGGUGGUUUUGGCACGUGAGCCUGCAGAGAUCGGUGCUGACAAAAAAAAUGGACUUUCAUUACUCCAAGUUGCAGCGGAAUCAAGAUUUAGAGAGUUGGAGGAAAAGAAAGAAAAUUGAAUGGCUGAAGCAGAUGUAUAAAGAGGGUCGUCUGCAGGAUCAUGCAGAGCACAGACACAUGGCGGCCCUGGUGGAGAGUUCCACCCAGGAAUUGAUGGAGACAGUUGAAAAGAAAGGAGAUGAUGAAAUACUGGAAUGGGAGCUGGAUGAGCUGCUGGCCUGGACCAACACUCUAAACUUCGAGGAGUAUAUGGAGGAAUGGAGACAUUUGGCCUGCAGUUACUCCUCUGAGCUGAGCAAAGAUGGCCCUUCUCACCCACCCAGGUUAGAUCCACACGAGCUCGCUGAUGAAAACGCAGUAGAACAAACAUGAUUUAUGUUAAAACUGUGCAGUCUCGAAGUGGAGUGUGCCACACUGUUAUUGUCGCAGUAUUCACUUUA